UCUUCCUUCUUCCUUCUUCCUUCUUCCUUCUACAAAAGCAUAUUUUUUUUCUAUUUUAUAUUUUCUUUCGAACCAGCUUUCGUUUAUGAUACGAUAAGAAGUUGCAGUGCACAUCACUAAAUACAAAAAGUCUUCCCCUAACUGAGGUAUCUGUGUACGUUACCUUUGUCAAAACGUUUUUAAAAAUCGAGUAUUCAUUCGGAUUCCUGGUAAAUUUAAUAGUCGGUUACAUUCAUUUACAGAAAGGAAAGUUUUUUUAUUUUUCCAAGCUUUACAGUGAUUAUAAAUGUCGACUCAGCCACUUUUGCAAACUACUCCAGGAAAGAGAAUUGCGCUCCCAGUUCGGGUAGAGCCUAAGGUUUUUUUUGCUAAUGAACGGACAUUUCUUUCUUGGCUUAGCUUUUCCGUUGUUUUAGGUGGUUUAUCUGUAGGUUUGCUAAACUUUGGUGACAGAAUUGGAAGAAUCAGUGCCGGACUUUUUACCAUUGUGGCAGUAGGAACGAUGGGUUAUGCUUUAGCUAUUUAUCAUUGGAGAGCAUCUGCAAUUCGAAGAAGAGGAAGUGGUCCUUAUGAUGAUCGUUUAGGACCUACAAUCUUGUGUUUUGUAUUAUUAGCGGCGAUUUUGACAAAUUUUGUUUUAAGAACCUUUUUUUGAAAAGGAAAUCAAGAAGAUGAGCGCAAAUUUUGUUUCAAUUGAUGCCUCACCCGUGUCGCAACUUUAAUUUUGUGUAUGAACGUAUCUUUAAUCUAUAACCGAACGGAUGUGCCCAAUGUUCAAUGAAUUAUUUCUGUUUAUUCUUCCUAAUUUCCUUUUCCUUCAUCUUGUUUUCCAUACAAUUACGAGGAUAUUUCAGUAAUCUAUAUAGAUAACUGUGUUUGUUUUGCAAUGAAUGUUCCCAUGAGUAAUUCGUUCUUUCGUAUUCCAUUUUGUUGUAAAUUUUUCUUUUGUUUGCAACUUGUUAUUAUUUUAAACAAAAAAUAUUUAUUAG